AUGCUGGCUAAAAACAUAAGACACUGGCGCUGCAGCAAGGUAGCACCAACAGGUGGGACAUCAGCUGUGGUUGGGCGACUCGUCAUUGUUGGUCCGUAUGGCAGUACCACCGGGUCCUCAGUUUUCGUUCCAGAAGCUGAAGUGCUGGAAACGUGGCGGAUACUGACUCCCACCACGCUGUUGCGAUCCCUGGUGGAUGAAAACUGGCAAUUUGGCUCGAUGGAUUCCCAUGCAGCGCUGAUUGGGUGUUUGCUGAUCCGUGACCUUUUGCUGUCCAAAUGGCAGCGCCCUGAUAUCGUGACGACAGGGUUUGAUAUGCAUCGUGAAGGUUGAUUCAGCGCUGCCCCUGAAAUGGUUGAUGGUAGUCGUUUUCCCCAGGUUUUGAAUGGCUGGGUGGAAUUGCGGUGUGGACC